CAUUUGGCUCGCACUCAGCCAAUCAGAGGGAUGGGUUUUUGGGAUGGAGAAAGAAGUCCAGCAGUGAAAGCUUGUAGUUGGUAGUCUGGAGGUUCGCAAACUGAGUCACGGCAGCUUCUGCUUUCAUUUCAUAUCAGAUUCAGAAAUAUUUAAUAUAUUCCAAACACUAGAUAUUAGCCCAGUGAGCUAGUGCUAAUUUUGUUAGAAACAAUGUGGACGUACGGGGUUUUGGUGCUGUUGUGGGCCGUUGCUGUGCGAGCCCAGUUUCCUCGAGUGUGUGUAACUCCAGAAGGGCUGCGGAGCGGCCAGUGCUGCCCGUCUCCGUUUGGCCGGGCUGCUGACCCCUGCGGACUGAGCUUGAGAAGAGGGCAGUGUGUGGCGGUACGAGUGGACGCUCGAGCUCACGGGCCGCAGUAUCCUCACGACGGGCGGGACGAUCGCGAGCGCUGGCCAAUCAGAUAUUUCAACCGCACCUGCCAGUGCAGCGGCAACUUUUCAGGCCACGACUGCGGGAGGUGUAGACACGGGCUUACCGGACCCAACUGUGACCAGCCGGUGCCUGUAGUCAGAAGAAACAUAAUGAACCUGAGCCCGAAUGAGAAGCGAGCCUUCGUGGAUGCCCUGGACCAGGCCAAGCGCACCGUCCACCCUGACAUCGUCAUCGCCACCCGCCGCUACGCCGAGGCCUUCGGACCGGACGGAAACACCACGCAGUUUGAAGACAUCACCAUCUACAACUACUUUGUGUGGUCUCACUACUACUCAGUCAGCAAGACCUUCCUGGGGGGUGGAGAGCCCAGCUUUGGAGGGGUGGAUUUCUCUCACGAGGGACCCGGGUUCGUGACCUGGCAUCGCUUCCACCUCCUGCAGCUGGAACGAGACAUGCAGGACAUGCUGAGAGACCCCACUUUUGCACUUCCAUACUGGAACUUCGCUAUUGGAGGCAGCGAGUGCGACAUCUGCACCGACGACCUGAUGGGAGCCCGCAGCAACUUCGACAUGAACAGCAUCAGUUCCAACUCCAUCUUCGCUCAGUGGCGAGUGAUCUGCGAAAGUGUAGAAGACUACGACACUCUGGGCACCAUCUGCAACAGUACAGAGAGUACACCCAUCAGGAGGAACCCAGCAGGGAACGUAGCUCGACCCAUGGUCCAGAAGCUUCCAGAGCCUCAGGAUAUAGCAGCAUGCCUGGAGGUGACCACAUUCGACACCCCACCCUUCUACUCCACCUCGUCCCAGAGCUUCAGAAACACUGUUGAGGGUUACAGCGCCCCUGAGGGGACCUACGACCCUGUGGUGAGAAGUCUGCACAACCUGGCUCACCUGUUCCUCAACGGGACGGGCGGAACCACGCACCUGUCCCCCAACGACCCCAUCUUCGUCCUGCUACACACCUUCACUGAUGCCAUCUUUGAUGAGUGGCUCAGGAGACACCCAGAAGCUGCUGUAUAUCCUCUGGAGAACGCACCCAUUGGCCAUAACCGGGAUUACAACAUGGUGCCUUUCUGGCCUCCCAUCACCAAUGCUGAGAUGUUUGUCACAGCACCAGAGAACCUGGGCUAUUCCUACGAAGCUGACUGGCCAUCCCGGCCCGUCACUCUGACUGAGAUCAUCACCAUCGCUGUGGUAGCAGCCCUCAUCGUGGUGGCGGUCAUCUUUGCCAUCACCACGUGCGCCGUCCGCUCCAAAACGUACAAGAUGGACGGCCGUCAGCCGCUGCUCGGAGAACAGUACCAGCGCUACGAUGAUCACGACAGACACAGCGACAAGACCCAGUCUGUGGUUUAAAACCACUGGUGCUAGAAAACCCAACCACUGCCCUCUAUCUCUCAGACAUUUUGUAUCGUUUUCACGUCAUAGAUAGAGAAAGAGCCUACGCCAUUAAAUUUUGUAUGAAAGAUAUUUACGAAAAAAAGGAGACGUGCCCUAAGCCAUAAGUAGCCAAAGUCUGGGCACAGCUCGUAACAUAGAACGAUAAUGCCUAAUUCACUUAGUUUGAUGUUUUAAAUGACACAAUAUUAGGUGCUAACAUUGCUUUGGUAAUUGUUUUGUGUAAAUUUGUAAACAUAUAUUUUUAAUUGGUCAUUAUUUAACUGUUUUCAUUUGAAUGAAUACAAUAAAAAGACUUUUACCACA